UACCUUUUCUAAAAGGAAUUUUUUUUUCAUUUCGGAGUUUCGUACAUUAUGCUCUCACUAUUUGUUAAUACGAAACUAAUUCAUUUGUUGUGAAAAUCGAAAGUUUAUAAAAUGGAAUUUGUCGCCACAGUGCACCGCUCUAACGAAAUCCAAUAUCGACGAGAAAAGUUUAUUAGACGACAAAGUUACAUCGUUUAUUUUCCGCUGUACAAUUCUACGGUAUCCUUUAAUCGGCAACUUGAAUUGUUUUUGAUUUCAGAUCCGAGGACCAUCGUUUUGCCGUUAAUGGAAUCGCCCAUUCUCAUCCCGACUAUCCUCGCCUCGUAUCUAUACUUCGUCUUGAAAUGCGGGCCGAGGUACAUGAAAGACAAAAAGCCGUACGAUCUGAGGACUUUCGUGAAAUACUACAACAUUUUCCAAAUAGUCAGCAAUGGCUUGUUAGUGCAACAAUUAUUAUCAGCAGGAGUACUGACAGAAUUCUCAGUGAUCUGCACGCCGUCGAAUUAUUCGUUUGAUCCCAAGCAUGUAAAGAUUGCCUACACGUUCUGGUGGACGCUACUUCUGAAGCUUGUCGACUUGAUCGAAACAGGCGUAUUCGUGCUGAGGAAAAAGGACAGGCAGAUUUCCUUUCUACACAUAUACCACCACAUAUCGACGGUGUUAAUUGCUUGGACUAUCGGAAGAUAUACUGCAGUGAUAAUGGCCUCUUUCACGAUCGUGGUGAACUGCUUUAUUCACGUGAUCAUGUACACCUAUUACUACUUCAGCGCAAUGGGAGACAAAGCGCCGAAAAUUCUGAAGAAGUUAAAGCCACUACUCACGAUAAUGCAAAUGAUUGCCUACACGUUCUGGUGGACGCUACUUCUGAAGCUUGUCGACUUGAUCGAAACAGGCGUAUUCGUGCUGAGGAAAAAGGACAGGCAGAUUUCCUUUCUACACAUAUACCACCACAUAUCGACGGUGUUAAUUGCUUGGACUAUCGGAAGAUAUACUGCAGUGAUAAUGGCCUCUUUCACGAUCGUGGUGAACUGCUUUAUUCACGUGAUCAUGUACACCUAUUACUACUUCAGCGCAAUGGGAGACAAAGCGCCGAAAAUUCUGAAGAAGUUAAAGCCACUACUCACGAUAAUGCAAAUG